AUGGAUAUGAAUAUCAAGCCAAGCCACUGCGAAGCCACUGCCAUAGAACUAGAACUACGUAACCAGGUGGAAAUGUUGACAUUAAUUGUGAUAUAUCGAAAACCAGGGCAACCAAUAAGAAAAUAUGAAUGGAGACAAUUCCUAGCACAAUUCGCCAAUAGGAAAAAUGUAAUCCUAACAGGUGAUUUCAACGCGCAUAACAUGGCAUGGAACUGCAAAAAUACGGAUGUAAACGGUACCCUACUGGCUGAUGCUAUGUGGAAGGCUGACCUGAUUGUAAUCAACACUGACACGAAGAGUUACACGGGGGAUUACAAGAAACCUAGAUCUAACUUAGAUCUGAUAAUAGCAUCAUUGAACAUGGUGGAUAAAAUAGAAUAUGAAAUUACAAAAAAAAUUACAGACUGGAAAGAUUUUGGUAAAAAAAUGACAGAGUGGCUUAAGGCUAAACCAAAUUGGAAAAAGGAAGAUCCAAUGCAUCUAUAUAACAGUUUAGUGGAAGGAAUGAUUAAUGCAGUAAGAAAAGAAAAGCCACAAAGUAACAGUCAGCGAAAAACAAAGGAAAAGGAAAAAAACAAAGAUAGGAAGAAAAAUAGGUCCAGUCAGAAACCAUGGUGGGACGAAGAGUGCAAAGAAAGUGUAGAGGAAAGGAAGAGAGCACUCAAACAAUUUUACAGAAGCCAAUCCUUGCAGAGUUUUAUAGAAUUCCAAAGGGCAAAGGCCAAGGUUAAAAAGAUAACUAACCAAAAAAAGAGGACAGCCCUAUACCAAUUUAUUGAAAGUAUUAAUAAGAAUACAAACAUGAAAUAUGUGUGGAACAAACUCAGAAUCCUACGAAACCCUAGCAAAACAAUCAAUUGGAACAAGUGGCAGAACAAGAAUAGAAACGUAACAAUUCUGAACAAAAUACAGGAAUAUGCCCCAUGCUGGGCGGAAGUUAAAAAAAUAGAUAAGGUCAAGGAGCACAAGAAAGAGGAACUCAACGAAAGCAUUAAAAUUGAAGAAAUAAGAAGAGCUUUAAAAAAAGGAAAAAAUCAAUCAGCGCCAGGUCUGGACCACAUUGAAUACGCCAUGCUGAAAGAAUUACCAAGCGAACUAGAAGAGGUCUUAACAUUCAUUUUUAACAGAAUAUUCGAAGGUGACAUGGAUGUACCAGAGGAGUGGAAAAUGUUUCAAGUGAUUUUUAUUGACAAACAGGACAAAGAGGAUGUGAGGCCUAUCUCGCUGUCAUCAUGCUUAAGAAAAACAUAUGAGAGAGUAAUAGCUGAAAGACUCAAUUGGUGGGCCGAAGCCAAGGGAAUAUACGACAAGCAACAAGCUGGAUUCAGAAGAGGUAAAUCCUGUCUAAAUAAUUUAAUGAAGCUAUCAGCAAUUAUAAACAUGAAUAAACUAAGAAACAGAAAUACUAUGGUGGCAUUAGUGGAUAUCUCUUCAGCCUAUGAUAAUGUGUUAUACGAUGUCAUGAUUGAAAAGUUAUUGAAAGAAGGUUGUCCUAGUAAACUAACGAAUACUAUCAAUGAGCUAUUAUAUGAAAGAACUGUAGACUUCACUAUGGAAAAUGGUACUUUACUAAGAAGAAAGGUAAACAAGGGCCUAUCUCAGGGAGCAGUCCUUAGUCCGAUAUUAUAUAACAUCUACACUAAUAAAAUUAUGAGAACAAUCCCAAAGGAAGUGAAGCAGGUCCAGUUCGCAGACGAUGUGGCGAUAGUGUGCAGUGAAAAAUACCUUACAAACAGAGUAAAAUUAAUAGAAAGUGCUUUAGAGGAUACACAAGAGGAAUUAGACAUAAUUGGACUAAAAAUAAAUCCACGAAAGACCAAAAUAAUGGAAUUCAACAAGCAUGGGACAAUAGAUAAAACAGUGAAGAUUAAAUUCGAAAACGAAGAUAUAAGGCUGUCAACAGAAGCAAAAUUUCUUGGAAUAUGGCUAGAUACAAGGCUAGCAUGCGACAGGCAAUGUAACGCAGUUAGAGAUAAGGCAAGAAAUGCCAACAACAUCUUAAAAUAUGCAAAUAAGGUGACAAGAGGUAUGGAGGUAAACACAGCCCUACUAUUGUACAAAAGCUUAGUCAGAGCAACAAUAGAAUAUGGAAUUAUAAUGUAUCUACCCACCAAUAGAGAAGAAUCCACAAUGAAAAUAGAGAAGGCACAAUACAUGGGAGUGAGAACAGCCAUGGGUUAUAGGAACAGCACACCAACAAAUGUGAUGCUAGCCGAAUCAAAGUUUCUGAGUAUGAAAAAUAGAGCAAGAUUCUUGGCAAGAAACCACAUAGUGAAAGUUGUAAGCGAAUCUACCACUACAGGAAACGAUGAAAUUGAAGCAAUCAUGGAGCUAGAAAAGGAAGAAAUGAAUUACAGAUUGACCUCCCCAUGCUACAAGAGAAGCAUAGCAGUGGAAGCGUGGAAACAAGUUAAAAAGGACAUUGAAAGUAUAAAAACAAACUUACGGGAAGAAUUAUUUACGACGAGUUACUGGGACGUAACAGACAAUAUAAUUGUAGAUACCGAAAUUGGAAAUUUAUAUAGUGUCAAAGACAAAAUAAUUGAAAAGGAGCUACUCAAGGACAUUCAAGAGAAAUAUGAAUUAAACCAGGACACAACAAGGAUCUACACGGAUGGAUCCAAACAGGAAAAGGAGCCCUCGGUGGGGUGUGCCUUUAUAGUUGAAAAUGAGGAAAGAGGAUAUUUCUUGAGCCUAAACAAAGCGGCCUCAAUAUUUACUGCAGAAGCGUGCGCAGUAGCCAAAGCCAUGGAAUGGGUCUAUCACCAAAAAUGGAAGCAAAACGUCUUGAUCCUGACAGACAGCCUAAGCACAGUAAAUGCCCUAAGCAAUAAUGAAAUCUCAACAACCUGCAAUAUUUACAUAUUGGAAGCUAGAAAGUGGUAUAGUAAAAUAAUAAAGGAAUUAAAAAUAAAAAUACUAAUAGCAUGGAUCCCAGCACACAAAGGUAUCUGGGGCAAUGAAGAAGCGGAUAAGCUAGCUAAAGAGGCCACUAAAGAGGAACACACGAUAGAACUCAAAAUUGCAAAUAGAGAUUUAAGAAACAAACAUAAAGAGGAGUUAGCGCAAAGAAACAACAGUGAAUUGGAAACCCAAGCGGAAAUAAAAGGAAAAUUCUACUUUGCAAACUUUUAUAAAAAAGAGGAAAGAAGUCCCUGGUUUAAAGGAACAAAUCUGCCUAGAAGAGCCACAGUCCUAUUCAACAGACUAAGAGCUAACCACUUCAACCUAAAUUCAAGUUUGGCGCGAAAAGGUUAUAUAAUAUCCGAGAGAUGUCAGUGUGGUAGCGAAAGAGAAGAAUUGGAUCACUUCACAUUCAGUUGUAAUAUUCAUGACGAGACAAGAAUGAACAUGAACCUAACGGAAGAAUUGAACAGAGUUGGAGCAAGCAAACCCGAUAGCGUCUGGAGCUGGCUGAGAAAGGAAGAAUUGAGCACACUCAAAGCCAUCCGUUUUACAUCCUUCGGACAUUCUAUGGACGUCUAUGGGAUAUUGGUUUAUGAAAUUGGUGGACAUGCUUUAUCCCUAAAAUAUGUCCGAUGGACGUUCUAUGGACGUCCUAUGGACGUGAUAAAAACUCAGACAGCACACAAAUAUCUUAACGACAUUCAUAAGACGUCCUUAACGGAUAUUGAAGAUAUCCACAGGCCAUCCGUUUUACAUCCUUCGGACAUUUUAUGGACGUCCAUGGGAUAUUGGUUUAUGAAAUUGGUGGACAUGGUAUAUCCCUAA